AUGUAUUAUCCACCUCAGGGCCCCCCUCCAGGACAAGGGUCGCCCCCAUGGGGAGGAUAUCAACAACCUCCCCAAUGGCAACCUCCGCCUCAGCCCUAUCCCCCUCAGCCCUACGGUCAUCAUCGACCCCAAUCAUCUUAUCCAGGUCCUAGCCAUUCCCCCUACCCGCCAUCACCUUAUCCUCAGCCCCAGUAUCCUCAGUAUCCUCAAUAUCCUCCUCACUCUCCUACCCCGCCAUACGGCCACACUCCACCACCACGUCCCCCCUCCCACCAGCACAAUCUGAGUGGCCCUCAGAAUGGAUUUCCUCGUGAUUCCCCGAAUCUGCCCCCAUCCCCACCCCAGAAUUUUCAGCAAUUCGGUGGAGGUGCUCCCUCAAACUACAGGUUCCAGUAUUCGGCUUGUACCGGUCGCCGCAGGGCUUUGUUGAUCGGAAUCAACUAUGCAGGACAGCCCAAUGCACUAAAAGGCUGUAUCAACGAUGUCACUAAUAUGUCCAACUUCCUGACCCAGAGAUUCGGGUACAAGCGGGAGGACAUGGUCAUUCUCACCGACGACCAACAGAACCCGAUGAGCCUCCCCACCAAGGCCAACAUUCUACGCGCCAUGCAGUGGCUUGUCAAGGAUGCCCAACCUAACGAUUCCUUAUUCAUCCACUUCUCUGGCCAUGGAGGUCGUACUCCCGAUCUGGAUGGAGACGAGGACGAUGGAUUCGACGAUGUCAUAUACCCACUGGACUACCGCGUCGCCGGUCACAUUGUCGACGAUGAUAUGCAUGCCAUCAUGGUGCGUCCACUGCGGCCCGGAGUGCGAUUGACGGCGAUCUUUGAUUCAUGCCACUCGGGCACUGCAUUGGAUCUGCCGUACGUCUACUCGACGCAGGGUGUUCUCAAGGAGCCCAAUUUGGCCAAGGAGGCAGCUCAGGACUUGUUCAGUGCAUUCACUUCGUAUGGACAAGGCGAUCUCUCCAGCGUCGCCUCAACGGCCAUUGGGUUCUUCAAAAAGGCUGUCAACGGUGAGUCGGCCCGUGAGCGCACAAUCAUGACCAAGACCUCUCCGGCCGAUGUUGUGAUGUUUUCAGGGUCCAAGGACACACAGACCUCGGCCGAUACAUUCCAGGACGGACAGGCGCGUGGUGCAUUGAGUUGGGCAUUUAUAAAAUCACUGCAACAGUGGCCCCAGCAGAGUUACCUGCAGUUGCUGAACACGAUCCGAAAUGAGCUCGAGGGCAAAUACUCGCAGAAGCCGCAGCUGAGCUGCAGCCAUCCCCUUGAUACCAACCUCCGCUUUGUGAUGUAA